CGUAUCAGAUUCAAGAGUUUCUUCAGCAGUAUUUUCCUCAUCAACCAUGGCUGUUUCUUGCUCACUUCCCUGUUUGAUGGUCUGCUUCUUGUGUGUGUUGGCCUGCACACGGUUUGUGCAGGGUCAAACUGGAGAGAAUGGCUGUGCCUCACCUGUGUUAGAGCAAUACAGGCACCGUUACACUCUGAAUGGUCGCCAUCACUGCAAGGCUCUGGUGGAGAACAGGUGUGCCAAAUAUGGCUAUGCGCACACCACUGAACGCAACUUUCUCAACCACGAAUCGCAGCGAGAGGCCAGCAAACAGCUGCACAACUUCGACCAGUUGAUUGCCAGCAACUGCAGUGCUGAACUGGAGUUUCUGUUGUGCACUUUCCACUUUCCAAUCUGCUUGGCCCAGCUCAACGACCCUGUGCAGCCAUGUCGGGCCAUGUGCGAGCGUGUCCGCGACGGUUGUGCGCCUUUGCUGCAGCGGCAGGGAUACAGCUGGCCCUCUGCGCUGGCCUGUGAUCGCCUAUUGGACCGGUCAGCCGUGUGUGACGGGCGCCCCGAGGUAUGCGUCAACAAAGUCGGUCCAAUUGCGUCCACACCAAACAGCCCUAACUCUCAAGAAAAUGGCGAUGUUGUGCCGCCAACCCAGAUCACCGCAACUUACCCGUCUAGUCCCAGCAAAGCCAAAGCAGACACACCACGGGGAGCAGAAACAAGUGUAGAGGUGGUCUCACCACGUCCUCUUCUUCCACCCGUGCUGGAGACAACAAACAUCAGUUGCGAGGCGCGAUGCUCCGGCGUGCGGAUUUCCAAGAGACAGCCCAGCCGAACGCAGUGGGCUAUCAUUGGCAAAGUCAAGAGUGUCUCUCCGCUACCGUCUGGCAAGAUCUCCUACCAGAUCAAGAUCUUCAAACCUCUGAGAGUGACCACGUCCGACGUCCAAGUUCUCAAUCAACUCAACAAGGGCUCAAUUGUUCGUGUCACCGUCAAGGCCAAGAAGUCCACCGGCUGCGCAUGUCCGCAGCUGAAGCGGCGGCGACGCUACAUCCUGACCGGACGUAUUGGCGACAGCCACGACCUGCGCAUGCGCCAGGGAGAUGCUGCAGUGCUGUACCAGGGACGGCGGCACAAUCUGAGAAAGAUCUUACCAAAGUGGCUGCGAUACUGGAUGGGUAUCCAUUAGGUAUCACCUCCACUCUGUAUCCAUGGCAAUCAUGGCGAAAGAACACGCAACAUGAAGAUCGAUUCUACUAUUUAUAGAGCUCAUUGGUGCAAUAAUUUAAGGCGACAGCUUAACAAUAACGACGAACUGGCCGCUAAAGCUUGUCAAUUUCACGUUAAGGCAAUUGUGUCGUGAGGUUGAAUUUGAAGAUGCCAUUAAAACACGAAUGUUUGGUCAUUAUGACUUGAGGGGAUUGUUGACAUUUUAAACGCGAACAUUAUUAUUCUGAAGACGCAUACACACUACAAACAGAUCCAUCAAGAGACUACUUUCCUCAACUAUCGAUUGAAUUCUUCAUUCAUAAUUCGUAAGCCCGCUUAAAACGUCCUUGUUCCGCUGAUCUGUAACUUGACUUUUUAGUUUUCAUGUGAAUAUAAAAUUAAUGGCAUAAAUGAGUCACGUGCAUAGCACACGUUAAUCACUUUCUGAAAUUGCUUUAUCUCUACUUCAACGAGGCAUGGGACCAAAUCUGCUCUAAGUCCUUUCCCUUGACCUUUUUCACUUCCCUUUCAUCCCAUCCACCCUUCCGGGAAACUCCCCUGAUAAAUAUCCAUUUACUUUGGGAGAAUCCUUCAAAUAAAGUCUGAACAAAAGA